UAACUGUCAAUCUUGCAAAGCCUCAUGGGACUUGUAGUUUGGCAACAGCUGAAGGGCCGCCAGUUUGACACCCGUGCUCUACAUCAGGGUGUCAAACUGGUGGCCCUCCAGCCAUUGCCAAACUACAAGUCCCAUCAUGCCUCUUCCUUUGGGAGUCAUGCUUGUAGCUGUCAAUCUUGCAAUGCCUCAUGGGACUUGUAGUUUGGCAACAGCUGGAGGGCCGCCAGUUUGACACCUGAGCGUCUACAUUCUGUGAACAGGUAGGCAAGUAUUUUAUUGCAUGUCUCUUCUGCCUGCCCACCAUUUUUAAUUUCUUGCCUUUAGUUUCACUUUAGCCUUACUCAAGUGCAAUGAGUAAAGUGGUAAGAGCU